CCCGCUUCCAGUAAGAGUUCAAGUUAAAACAGAAAAAAGGAAGAUGGCAAGAAUAUUGUUACUUUUCCUCCCAGGUCUUGUGGCUGUAUGUGCUGUGCAUGGAAUAUUUAUGGACCGUCUAGCUUCCAAGAAGCUCUGUGCAGAUGAUGAGUGUGUCUACACUAUUUCUCUGGCUAGAGCUCAAGAAGAUUAUAAUGCCCCGGACUGUAGAUUCAUUAAUGUUAAAAAAGGACAGCAGAUUUAUGUGUACUCAAAGCUGGUAAAAGAAAAUGAAGCUGGAGAAUUUUGGGCUGGCAGUGUUUAUGGCGAUGGCCAGGAUGAGAUGGGAGUCGUGGGUUAUUUCCCCAGCAACUUGGUCAAGGAGCAGCGUGUGUACCAGGAAGCUACCAAGGAAGUUCCCACCACGGAUAUUGACUUCUUCUGCGAGUAAUACAUUGGUUAAAACUGCAAAUAGAAAGAAAACACCAAAAAAUAAAGAAAAGAGCAAAAGUGACCAAAAAAUGCAUGUCUGUAAUUUCUGACUGACAUUUUAAGGAUCUGUUACCUUGUAGAAGAACAAGGGCUUAGGGGUUGGAGGUGGCAGAUAAAAGAGGAUUUUCAACUCAAAACUUGUUUCCUGCUGGCCUGGUCUUCCCACGAGCUAGAGCGGGGAAAUGUUGAGCUCAAAUGGGUAAAUUGAGACCAGAAAAUUAUUUUUUUCAACCUAGAGAAUCUCCUCUUACAGGGGGAUGCAUAUAAAAGAUCAUGUAUGUGUAGUUAUUUCUAAGUAGUGAUUCUUCCCAGCUCUUUGAUUUCCCGUAUAUAAAAUAGGUGGGUCAUAGGUGGGUCAUGUUCCCUUUAGACAUGACAUUUUCUACUCAUUUGUCUUUCUGGCCAAUUGGAUUAUUAAUAAAGGGGCUGUUUUUUCAA